UACAACUUACAAGUUAGAACCUUUUUAGCCGGUUUAUGGACGCCGGACUGCCUGACUUAUCUACUAAUCAGUAGCGACUUAGCGAGGGAUUAUUUCAUGUACGAGUUUGGCUAUGUUGUUUUGUAUUUUCCUUUGAAGAGUUAAAAAUUCAAAAUGAGCAUCAAGUGGAGUGAAAGUGUUAUGCUGAAGUUUUUAGAACUGUACGAAAAGUACGACUGUCUCUGGAAUCACAGACUUGAAGAGUAUAAAAAUAAAAACGUACGAGCAAACGCGUUGGCUUCUUUUGUAGGAGAAAUGGGAAUUGCCGGACUUACUGUUGCCGAUUUAAAGAACAAAAUCAAGACGGUAAGAACUAUGUAUAAGAAAGAAAAUUCAUUGAUUUACAAAUCAAAAAAAAGUGGAGCCAGCCCAGAGGAAUUGUACGUGCCAAAAUUAUUCUGGUACAAAAGGGCAGAUAUGUUUCUAAACGGUGUUACAACCUCAAAGGAUACAUCAUCAAAUUUAAAUGUACCACUACAUAAUGGAGCUGAAAGUAAAUCGACCCAUAAUGAAGAAGAAAACUCAGAUGAAAUUGAAUUUACUGCAUCAACAUCAUCAUCUUUAAUUACCAAAAAUGGCACUCAGGAAAAAAAGCGACUUGCGGGAAACUCAGAAACAGCUAAUCCAUUUACUACUAAACAAUUGAAGAGAGCAAAUGUAUUUCGUGCUCCAAAUAUCCAUAAACGUAAAAUGAUAAAUGAAAAUAUUUCAACAAUAAGUGCAGCUAUUGAGAAACUUGUCCAAAGUAGUAAAAGCGAGGCUGACGAUGAGUUUGAAAUAUUUGGAAAAUAUGUCGCUGUACAAAUAAAACAGAUGCCUCUGUACGACGCAAUAAUAUGUCAAGAAGAAGUUCAAACCCUGAUAAGGGAAAAGAGAUUGGAGAUCUUGUCAAGAACUCAAUAUGUAGAUCCAAAGACACUAUCACCAGCAGUGGGAGGACAAUGGUCGUCAUCAGUUUCUGAAACAUCCAACCAAGAAUUACUCGAGGAGGAUUCCCAAGAAACAUCUGACAAAUAUCAAAAGCCUUAAAAGAUAUCUAACUUAAAUGAUUAGACUAUGGCAGUAUUUUUUAUGGCGAUGCAACAAAAUGCCUUUGCCAAAUUGGACAGGAGCCUAUAAAAAAAUAACUAGAUGCUGCAUAGGAGAGAUGGCGUCUUCUUGUACUAAUGCUCUUUUGAUAGAAGCAGGAAUAUGCCCAUGUGGAAAACUAGGUGGCAAGUGUCUCUCAUACUCAUCAGUAGGAAACACUUUUUCACCCAGCAACCAUUCAUAGUUUUGCUUUGGAAAGAUUACUUUACCAUCUGGCAAUGAAUAUCCUUGAACUCAGGACUUUCCCUUAACAUAAUAACAGCGUAUGAAGAGUAAGAAGUAAUAGGAUGAGGAGCAGUAUGGAGAUCCUCAACCAUGGUAUAUAUGAAUGGAUCCAAAUGAGAGAGAGGAAUCAGGCAGCAGUAAUUCAUCGUAUCGAUGAUGAACACUUGCAAACAAAGGGAUAAUUUUUACUGCAGAAGAAAUAGAGAUAUUGAAGGCCUUGAGCUACAUUACCGAGCACAUGCUAGAAAGUGCCAUACUCCAAUCGAAUGGCCUAAUUCCUAUUUCAAUUCCUUUGAUAGUCAAAACUAGACUUCUGGACAUGGAGGAAAAUAAUGUGUAUGUGAUUUGGGCAACAGUCCUCAGCAUGAGCCCUUACAAUAACAAGUUGCAUGUGUUAGUUAAGGAUGCAGCAUGUAGUGCAGUUCCAUGGAACAAUACUAUUAACAAUUAGAUUAUAGCCUAUAUAACAAGGUGAAAGAAAUUAUAUGGUAGCGUGGAUAUGUUGUGUCUUGGAGACAGAAAGCUUCCAUACAGCUAUAUAUUCCUGGUGGUUCACAAGAAUGAAUAACGCUAAGAAACUGUUCCUCCCAUUGAUAAGAUUUUGAUUAAACUUUCUUAUCACCUCUGCAAAAUAGGCAUCACCUUAACGUUCACAUGCUGUCACGGAGUCACCACUACUGACAUCAACUCUGUUCUUCUCACUCCCAUGGUAGAAGUGAGACUCUACUAAUUCAGGUAUACAUCACUCCUCACCAAAAUUAGCAUAAUUUUGAACAUUGAAAUUGACGAUAUGCAUGACUUUUGUCAGACAAUAUAAGAAUUAAUUUAAAUCACUUCCCUAAUAACUAAACUAAAGAUAAAUAGUUUGAAAUUUUCUGUUAGAAUGGAAGUCAUUCUUUUUGAAAAGAUGGUUCCUACUCACAGAAAGUUGUUUCGCAACAGUCCGGAUUUCGAGCCCUUUAGUUGAUUAUCAGGUUGAAGGGUUUCUACAAACACGUCUCUCGACAUGAAUUGCAAAUGUCGAGUGUCGAAAAAAAGACUGAUGAUGAGCUAAAGGACUCGAAAUCCGGAUUGUUGCGAAACAACUUACUGUGAGUAGGAACCAUCUUUUUAAAAAAGAUUAAACUCCACACCCACUCCAUCAUUCAUAAUUUAUAUGGAAGUCAUCCUGUCAACCAAGUGCUUGGUUGGGUCGGGUGCAGGUAUGGGUAAUGUGAGUAGUGGACUUUUUCAUGUCUUUUAUCUAUGCCCCCUUCCAAACACUUAAAAUAGAUCAGUGUUGAAAAUGGUAAUGAAUUUGAGUGCAUGGUAUGGUGGACUCCGACUUACAGGGAUGAAAUUACUGGGGAUGGCUAAAUGUGGCAAUGCAAGGCCAGAAAAAUUUAUAAUUAACGAAAUUUCACAGACCUCGAUAAAAUUAAAAUUAUUUAAAAAAAAGACCUCAAAAUUUAGUGGCAUUCAGUUUCAUCCUUCACAAUACCACAAGAAUAGAUUACAGAAAUAGAUUUACUUUAUACUACGAAUUCUCAAUUCAAUAGCACUUUGGAAAAUUAAAACCAAUUGCCAUUGGUGAAUGAAGUAGAAGUGCUCUUUCACAUUUAAACUUAUCGCUUUAAAAAAUUGGUCUUGCUCCUUUUUUAAAAUUUUCUCAUUGAAAUCACCCAUGCACGGUUUUAUCUAUUCCAGGUGAUUUUUCAGAUCUAUUUCCUCGAGCUUUAUCUUAAGUACAGCGACAGUGCAAUUUUGGCUACUUGCAGCAAUACAACACGAGUGACAGAUGCCACUUGCUGUCAAAUUUAUUCAUAAACUGUUUACAUUACUAGAUAGUUUAUAUUCCUUCCACUUGAUUAAUUAAAACUGUUUAUGGAUUGAGUAAUUCUAUUGUCUGUUAAUUACCUUUAGUCUUAUUAUUAUUGUAUUUCUGACUUGACCCAGCAACCACCAGAGGAAAAGAUAGACUACAUGCUAUCACAUAUAAAUUUUAUUGUGCUCGGCUGUCUAGUAAAACGUAAAAAAAAGCAGAAUUGCAACAGUUACAACUGAAUCGACUUUGGACACAAUUUUUCCCUUGUAAUCUGAAAAUGUACAUUUUCAAAUCAAGGUUAAACAACUUCAUAAGGGAUAACAUUUUUUGCAAACUUUUUAAAAUUUAUAUUUUCAAUUAAAUUGAACAAAAAAGAGAAAAUUGUAUUUUUUAUUAACAAACUGUAACUGUAGCAAAACAAAUCAGCAAGGUUUGAUGCGUUUAAAGAGGGGAGGAAAAGACAAAUUUUAAAUCGCUUUCCACAAUGUAAAUUACUUAAUAAAAAAAAUCAUUAAUUUAAAAUUUGGUUUUAAUUUUAUUGGUUAUAAAACUUAAUGGUGUAAUAGUUAAAAACAGUAGUUUUAUUUUAACCACUUUUUCCUAAAAAAAAAAUCUUCCUGAAAUAUAGGACCCAGAUAAAUAUUUGUAAACCUCAAAUUAAAUUAAACAGCAUUACAUUACAAAUUAAUUUGCAUAAAAUCGAUUUAUGUUGAUAGUUUUAUACUUAACGAAAAAAUUGACGCAAGGAUUCGCAAAAAGAUAAAUCUCACUCUUAUAUCCAAUUGCAUAAAUGCACAGUCAACGCAAACUUUUGAUUUAUCUUCAAAUUUCAUUAUUUAGUACAAUUUGCAAUAUAAAUAUAUUGAAAUGUAUAAAGCAAUAUAUUAUACAAAUAUCAACAAUUUUUAAAUAUAAUAUAUUUACAUUCUAUUCAUUUAUAAUACAAACAAUUUUUAAAAAAAUAAAAACUGGUGAUGUUAGUCACAAAUUCUACAUAAAUUCUUAAUUAUGAUUAAUAAACAAUUAUUAAACAUGCAAAAAUUUCAGGCAUAUCUUUUAGGUUAUAAUUGUCAGUACAUCACUAUAGUCACAAUUCUUUCACCAUUUCUUGGAAAGUUAUACAAAUUAGAAAUAGCAAAAAUAACAUCAUAAUUCUUUGCAACUGAACACACACUAUAGACUUUAUAUAUAUAUAAUUUACAUAUAAAUUUCACCAAUAACCAUUUUUGUACAUAGAUAAUUUAAAGUGACAAACAUUAUAGCAUUUUAGGCACAGAUACAGACAAAAGAGCACCAUUUUAAAUACAAUAAAUACAAGGUAGCCAGCGUGUCCCAAUUUCUUUUCUUGAUUAUUAGGAACAGUUGCUAACACUGCUCUCCUUGUGUGCGAUUCAUAUGGCCUGCUUUUGACCACAUUACAAUAAUAAAAAUUCAUAACAGCAUAUAAAUUGUCACAUGAUAAUUUGGACCAUUUACACUUAUAUUGUGAAUAAUUAUAUAUUUUACUUAUACAAAUUUAUUUAUUUUUUGUUUAAAUUAUUUCCCAUUGUUUGACUUCAUUGGUAUGAGAAGUUUGUGCACUCUUUGUUAACUCAAAUAUAAGAAAGAGUUUUUCUGAGUUUUUUUCUCCUCAAUCAGUCUGAAUGAUGCACAGUUGGACUUCUGAUUGUUAUUUUUAAUACAAUGAGUACACAGACUUCCAUUACUCUCUAAGGUCGAAUUAGUACGGAAUGUAUCUAAAACUAAAUCAAUUACAAAAAAAAAAAAA